UGAAUACCUACAAAGAAAUAGUUCAGGAACUUCUUUGUUAGAUAUAAGAACAUAGAGCCCUCGAACAAAAUAUUUGCGAACGCUGUUAUAUUAAGUAAAACGUGAUUUUAUUUCAUAUGAGAAAAAAAUCAAAUAUUUCAUACGGAAUUUUAAAACCUAUCCGUGACAGGAAAUUUUAUUGUCAAAUUUAAGAUGGAAGGACAAAAAUGCACGAAAUACUUUCUCGUGUUGUUAAAUGUAGUUGUGUUCUUGGCGGGUGGCGCUUGUUUUGCCGCGGGUCUUAUGUUCAAGCUAGACAGUGGUUUUCUGGAAAGUGACGUCGUAUCCCUAUUCAACAAUAUACAGUAUAGUAACAUACCACUGGGAUUCGUGUGUGAUCUUCUCGCAUACCUUAUGAUGUGUUUUGGAGGUCUCAUUGUAUUUGUAGCUAUUCUGGGUAUGUGCGGGGCCUGGAAAGGCACCAAGUCUUGUCUUUGGGUGUUUAUUGUUCUGGUGGUGUUCUUUCUUCUGGUGGAAGGAGUUCUCAUUGGAUUGUGGAUGAGCGUGCGAGGAAGGACUGAUCAGUGGCUCCGAGGACAAAUGUUGGAUCAACUGAAAGGCUAUGCUGGUCCUGAUCAGACAGACAAACUGUCCAAAGGCUGGAACACUCUCUUUAUGGAGGCACGAUGCUGCGGAGUAAAUGAUCAGUUUAAAGAUGGAGGCACCAACAGUGACUUUACUGAGCUGCCUACAACUUGGACUUCGGGCACAGACAAAGUUCCUGCCACAUGUUGCCAAGGCGUACAGUCGGACACUGUGACGAACUACGUAAAUUCUGCAUUCUGCACAAACACGCCGACAAAUUUUUACACGGAGGGCUGUUAUGAUCGCGUUGUAUCAUACAUAAAUACCUACAGUCUGAUAAGCAUAGUGGCGUGUGGUGUUUGCAUUCUAGCCGAGGUGAUGGGUAUUGUUGGGGCGUGCGUGCUCAUUGACAAAGCAAAAACAGCUAAAGUUGAAGAUUCUCAUGCCGGAAGAUCGCGACCUCCUCCUUACGUCGCCAUUGACCAUGACCGACGUGUGAAACCCAAACCAAAAGACCAGGGAACCAUUGGAAGAACACCACGAUACUGAAAAUUUAUGUGAGCGCUAGUUCAACAGAAAUUGAAAAUGUGAAAUGUUGAUCCUAACGUUGGAAAAUGCACAGUGGCACUCAUUUCGAUGUUGAAACUACAAGUGUAUAAAGGGAACUACUGAUAUUUACAUUUUGUGAUAUUAAUAACUUAUAUUUCGUGUUUUUUACAUUUGUUACUUUUUAUCGAAUAAACAUUUUUACUUUUU